AUGAGAAGAACGCCCUUGCGUGUACAACGCCAGUCAAAGCCUGUAAAAGAUGUUCCGUUCAAACGCGUUAUGCCGGUGCAUAAAGCUCAGCCGCAAAAAAGAACUUUCACUGAUAUGGUCAGAUCUGAAGAGACUUACAUUCCACAUCUGGUCAAGAUUGAUGGUGAAGACGAAUUUUAUGAAGAGGAUAUAACACAUGGUUAA